AUGGGUGCAUCAUUGUGCAAGAUAUGCGCGUCGGGGGGCGUGCAGGGUGCGGGGUCGGUGCUCGACCGCGUCAUAUCACAGCCUGACAGCGAAGCACAUACGGUACUCUAUAAGCUAGCCGACUAUAAGAAAGGUGGUCUUCUCUUAGAGACGUAUGCACGUGGCGGCAUGGCGGCCGCCGAGCGGCUGAUCCGUGAGGAUUUCUCAGCGUACAUGUAUGCUGGCGGGCGAGGUCGCGUCAUCAAUAGGGCCGAGUACCUGCGGUGGAAGUUCCGCGACCAGGAGCAGGUGGUACUGCCAAUAGAAGCGUCGCUGUCUCCACAUGACCCUUUAGCCAAGUGGGAGGACCACACCGCCUGCUGGCAGAUGAGCUACCGCGGCGCGUUGGGGGAGUCCUUACUGCAUGUGCUCAUUAUAUGCGAUACCAAGAUCCACACAAGACUAGCAAGAACGUUAGUGAAAUGCUUCCCCAAGUUAUCGCUAGACGUGGUCGAAGGCGAGGAGUAUCUGGGCGCCAGUUCCUUGCACCUCGCCAUCGCGUACAGCAACAACGAGCUGGCCCAGGACCUGGUCGAAGCCGGGGCCAAUGUCCACCAGCGAGCUAUUGGGAGCUUCUUCCUUCCCCGCGAUCAACAGCACGUGCCACCAGCCCGGGUGACCAACUACGAGGGUCUGGCGUACCUGGGCGAGUACCCGCUAGCGUGGGCGGCUUGUUGCGCCAACGAGGCCGUAUACAACCUGCUGCUGGAUUCAGACGCUGAUCCUGACUCCCAGGACUCCUUCGGCAACAUGAUCCUGCAUAUGGUCGUGGUUUGUGAUAAAUUGGACAUGUUCGGCUACGCGCUCCGCCACCCGAAGGUACCAGCCAGUAACGGCAGGAUGAAUAAGGCUGGGUUCACUCCUCUGACACUGGCGUGCCAGUUGGGCCGAGCGUCUGUCUUCAGAGAGAUGCUGGAACUGUCUGCCAAGGAGUUCUGGAGAUACUCCAACAUCACCUGCUCUGCUUACCCGCUUAAUGCUUUGGAUACAUUGUUGCCUGAUGGAAGGACUAAUUGGAACUCAGCACUUUUCAUAAUCCUGAACGGAACGAAACAGGAGCAUCUCAACAUGUUGGAUGGUGGCAUUAUACAGAGACUGCUGGAGGAAAAGUGGAACACAUUCGCAAGCAAAAAGUUUGCCAAACGCCUUAUGAUUCUGAUGCUGCAUUUGCUGCUUCUCUCCAUAUCAGUCUACUUGAGACACAGCAGUCUCGAAGCCGAGGAGAACCCUGAUUGGGGUUUAGUGGUGGAUGACGUCAGAAGCGGUGUCAGACUGGCCUGUGAACUCGGCACCAUUGUCAGUACACUGUGCUAUAUCAUCCUGCAGCAAGGAGAUGAGCUGAAGAACCAGGGAUUGGUUGCUUAUUUCAAGCAGUUGAUCCACGAGCCAGCCAAGUUCAUCUUCCUGGUGUCGAACCUGCUACUCCUAGCGUGCAUCCCAGCGCGACUGAGCCAGCAGACCAUGCUGGAGGAGGCGCUGCUCAUCUUCCUGCUGCCCGGCUCCUGGUUUCUACUCAUGUUCUUUGCCGGGGCGGUGAAGCUGACGGGUCCGUUCGUGACGAUGAUCUACAGCAUGAUCACGGGAGACAUGUUCACAUUUGGCAUCAUCUACUGCAUCGUGCUCUUCGGGUUUUCGCAGUCAUUCUUCUUUCUUUAUCGAGGUUUCCCAAACGUUCAGUCCACGCUGUUCUCUAGCUACCCCAGUACAUGGAUGGCGCUGUUUCAAAUCACAUUAGGAGACUACAGUUACUCGGACCUGAGUAUGACGACGUACCCCAACCUGGCGAAGACCGUGUUUGCAGUGUUCAUGGUGUUCGUGCCCAUCCUGCUGCUCAACAUGCUGAUCGCUAUGAUGGGCAACACGUAUGCCCACGUCAUCGAGCAGUCCGAGAAGGAGUGGGUCAAACAGUGGGCGAAAAUCGUGGUAUCCCUCGAGCGCUCCGUAGCGCAGGAGGACGCCCACAGAUACCUGCAAGAGUACUCCAUCGGCCUGGGACCUUCAGACGACCCUCGCUACGAGCAGCGGGCCGUGAUGGUCAUCAAGAGCAAGGCCAAGACCCGCGCCCGCCAGAGGAAGGGGGCAAUGGCCAAUUGGAAGCGUGUCGGAAAAGUGACGAUCGCGGAGCUGAGGAAGCGAGGCAUCACCGGCGAGGAUCUGCGACAGCUGAUGUGGGGGCGAGCCUCCAUCUCAUCACCAACUAAAGCUCCAUUAGUGAGAGGCCCGCCACCGGAUUGCGUGACAGCCGGUUCAGCGAUUACUUCCGCUCUUAACGUGAUGGCUUUCACCGAUAUUGACUUGGGCACCGAUCCUACAGCACAAAAGCAACCCACGCCAGAUCUUCUAGUCAACGACAAAACAAAAAUGAUGAACCAACCGACAACAGGAGUAACAUUUGGCCCUCAACCUGCUGGGACCCCUGGUGCCAAGGUCGCUUCCACUCCUAGUGUAGGAGUACCAAUGAUUCCCGCAGUACAGGGUUCUGGAGGGAUAUAUCUGACACCUACUGGACAAAUGACUUCUGCUUCCGGAGCACAAAUGGCGCCUGCUGGAAUGAUAAUGGGCGCUACUGGUGUUGGUGUACCAAUGACUCCUUCUGGAGUACCAAUGACUCCUGGUGUCUCUGUGACUCAUUCUGGUGUACCAAUGACUCCUACUGGUUUACCUGUGACUCCUUCUGGAGUACCAAUGACUCCUGUUGUCUCUGUGACUCAUUCUGGUAUACAUAUGAGUCCUUCUGGGGUCCAAAUGACUCCAUCUGGAUUACCUAUGAGUACUUCUGGAGUACCAAUGAGUCCUGGAGCACCAGUGACUCCUUCUGGAGUACCAAUGACUCCUGCAGGAAUGUCUAUGCCGGCUGGUAUAGGAAUGCUGCAAGGCGCUUCUACUAUAGGAGGGAUGCCACCUGGAAGUUUCAUGCCCGGUACUCAAGGAGGGCUUAUGACCAACGUGAUGGGGGUGCCCUCAGGACAGAGGAUACCUGAUCAGCAAUUACUUGGCGCUGGUAUGAUUCAAGAUCCUCAGAAAGCUGCGAUGUUCUUUGCUCAACAACCAACAGCACCCCCAGACGAAGUCUUCCGAGACUUCCUGUUCGAGCUGAUCAACCUGGUGGAGACUACGGACCCUAACGAGGCAGACGUACGAGAGUUGGCGGAGCAGGCGGCCGACCUUACCAAUGUGCCGGAGAUCGACAUCAAUAUUAAUCUAGCCGCCAAAUCCGCCCGUAAGGUGGUCGCAGGUGCAGUGUCAGGGUUGUUCGGAGUUGCGGCCGACGCCCCGGCUGCGGAGGCGGGUUGGCGGCGCGAAAGACAGGAUCAUAGUGAUAGCGAUCCUAUAUCGGAAUCAGUGCUUCUGGGAAGAGCAUCACGAGCGCGCCGUGCGCGAUCUGCUUCAAAAAAAGCCGCACCUCCACCACCACACCUUUACGUGCCGGCCAGAUCGAUGUACUUAGUGGCGUCAGAGAGCAGCGCUGUGGAGAGUGAUGUGCCAUGGGAAGAACCGCCAAGUUCUGGCAACAACUCGGCGGUGGCAGGCAAAAGAGAUGAUGCGGCCAGGAUACGAGCAGCACGACCGUUUUGUAUCCAAUAUGCUACUGGACAGGUCAGCCAAGUUGAACACUCGCUCUUCGUCGAGGGAAGUGGCGACGGCGUGGAGGUAGAAGGUGCAGCGCCAGCUCGUAUGAUGGUGAAACACGAACAGAAACGAGUUCGACCAAAAACUGCGAGACCACGUCGCAACAAAGUAUCUCCAGUCCCCGAAUCAAGCACCCCAGGUACUCCGUUGGAGCACUGGGCGACUGCGCCCCUGUCUCGGCUGUCGCGACUUAUACGCUCCUCCAGUGCGUCGACUGCUUCACUCGCCUCGCAUUCUUCGCCGGAGUCGACACCCAAACGAUAUUAAUCUUAGAAAUUUUAGUUUUAAACCACGUUCUAUAAACCUGCCUUAGUUGCCUACUGUUACUUAAGUUGCGGAAAUUAAUGAAAUUGUUAGUCAAGUUACCUAAGUUAAUCGAAUCGAAGUGAUGACCCUUACCACGAUUAAAAAUAAGUAUAAUAUAUAGUUAUAGUCAUUUAUGUACUUAUAGAAUUAUGAGCAUCGGAUAGGUCUCCGACAUUUCUAUGAUAGUGUCUUUUAAGCUUU